AUGUCAGGAAGCACUGAAUGCCCCUUUUUCCUCUGGGGACUUCUAGCCUUGUUGGGUUUGGCUCUAAUUAUAUCGCUGAUCUUCAAUAUUUCCCACUAUAUAGAAAAGCAGCGACAAGAUAAAAUGUACAGAUAUUCUGAUAACUACAUUCCCAGGGUUGAUGAAUGUGAUAUUGAAGACACACCAAUUUAUGGUAAUUUAGAUAAGGUAAUCCCAGAACCGAUAGAUGAAGACUGCUAUGAACAAAUGAAAGCCCGGCCAGAAAGAUCUAUAAAUAAUUUGCAAGAAGCCACUCCCUCUGCACAGAUUCCUGCUGAAGUGCAGAUGUGCUAUGCCUCGCUUGAUCAUAGCUUCAAGGGGAAGUACAGAAAACCCAGGAAACAGAAUACUCAUUCAUCUGACAAGGAGAGAGAGAAGCAGUUGUAUGCGAUGGAUGACAACAUGACUAAAUCCAACUUGGUAGAGAGUUCCUUACCAGAAAGCCAGGAAAUAGAGGAAAACAUUCAUGAUGAUCCCAUCAGGCUCUUUGGGUUGAUUCGUGCUAAGAGAGAACCUAUGGACUAGCAGGACUAUGACUUAGCUCACUGAUAAUGCUGUUAUUAGAGAUGAUUGUUAAAAAGGCAAAGUCCCCACAUGACACAGAAUGACCUGGCAGGGUGAUGAUCUGAUCAUUUGUUGAUGGAAUGGUGUCUAACCUCUUGUUCAGAGGUCUUCCAUACACACUAAAUGCAAUGCCAUUAACAUCAGUUUUAUGAAUUUACCUAAAAAGUACCAAAGUAAUAAAUGGAAAAUAAAAUACAAUUUGCAAGUUAAGUUUUAUACCAAGACAAAAUUCCUCAAUAAUACCUAGUA